AUGUCUUAAUCCUCAAGUGCUUCUUAUAAGUCUUUUGAUGCAAGAGGCAACUUUUCAGAAUUAGACUAAUCACCUACUCAACAUAAGUUUCAGACAAAUGUUCUCUCUCCUAGUGAUACCUAAAGAACUAAAAACGAAAUAGCAUCUUCAAAAAAUAGUAAAUCAAUUAGAGUGACUUCUUAGCAAUUCUCUUAAAGUACAAAUAACAAUAUAAACAGUAACCCAGUGUUUUAAAGAUUUGCAACAACAAACCUUGACCAAAACCAAGUAAGUACUUACUUCUUGGAGGAAGACAAAAAACAUAAUUUGUAAACUGGAAACAGACACAGCGAUGAUAGAGGCAGUGUCAAAUCAGUAACCUAUGAAAUAAAUAGAAGAGUAAGAGCUGAAAGAUGUAUUGCUUUCAACAUCUUGCUCUAGAUUCUGAUUAUAAUUGGAGUGUCUCUUUCAAUAUUUUACCUAAAUUGGAUGCAUUAAAAUGACAAGAAUUGUGUCAAACCACUGGAAGCUGUGAACUCUCUUGCAGAUGUCAAACUAAGAAUUUUAGGAUUAGAUCUCACAAAUCUUAGAUGUGAUAAUUCAGAUUAUAGUAUGGAUCUUUUUGAGUUGAGUGCUGAGACUUAGUUGUGUGGAAAUAUCAAUGGAGAUGACUUUGAAAAUUAUCCAAAAAUAUGCUAUUCUUUGACGACUUAUCUAGUAUCAUCAUAUAUACUGCCUUUGAAAAGCUGCUGGAUAUUUUACAUAUCAAUGUUUGGAGUAUGGACUCUAAUUAAUGUAUUAUCGCUAAAAUAUAUCGCAGAAGGAUACUGGAUUUUCUUGGCUUGCACUGUCAUAUCUUUGAUAUCAAGAUACCACUUUAGGAUAUUUCACUAUGAACUCAAAAAGAUAAGAAGCUUUAUACUUUACUAUGAUGAAAAUGACAAUGAUUAGGAUGAAAGUAAUGACCAGUAAACUGGUAUAGCCUCUUAGGAAGAUUGA